AUGAGCCUGAAAACACAUAUUGCACAGCAAUUUAGAGAAAUUAUAUGGUAUUCUCUAGAUAAUGGCUUAAUAUCUAAUGCAACAUUUAUUGCUGAACGGCUUUAUUGGUAUGAUACAAGCAAUGCGGACGCAAAACAUCUUUUUUCAUUAUGUUUGUUAAGAUCAGGAAGAUAUUUGACAGUACUUUAUAUGACAGAGGGAGUAAAACACGUAGGAUGUGCGUAUAUGUAUGCACAAGCAUGUCUACAGCUUGGGAAGUGUAAACAAGGGAUUGCAGCACUUGAAGCAGUGUCUUCUCAGUGGACAAAGAGUAAUAAUAUGUACCAGCACGAUGAUAUUUAUCGGUGUCAUUUGCCAGAUGCAGCAGCAAUUUUUUGUCUUUUGGGUCAUUUGAGCAAGAAAGGUGGUAUGGUUAAAAAAGCUACAGAUUACUAUAUUUGUUCGAUCAAGCUGAAUCCGUUUUUAUGGGAAGCUUUUGAUGGGCUUUGUUCUCUUGGAUGCAAUCUUCAUGUAAAAAAUAUAUUUAAAGUAACAGUAGGAAUGCAAGCAGAACGAUCAAGAGCACAGAAUAUUCCUGUGCAAGCGAAUAUUUUGCAAAAUGUUGACCCUUAUAUAUCACAAAACACUGAUUCAGAAGCACAUUCAACAAGUCAUAUGGUCCAUACACCAGAUAUAUUUAAUUCACAGAAAAAUAACACACCACCUUUUAUAUCUCAUUAUCCACAAUCAUCAUUUUUAAAUCGUUUAGAAACAACGGAAACACCAGGAUCACCAACAGCACAGCAAAUAAAAUCAUCUGAAAUGAUUCAUAAUUUUUUAGACCAUUCUGUCGCAGGGUCAUCUAGUUUUAUUAGUCCUCCGAACUUUUUAGAUACUAAAAUUCGAUUAAAUCAAGCUAAAGCAAGUCCUACAACCCGAAGUAAUAUUGAUAAAGAUUUUACUAAAAAUUCAUCACCUAUAGACAUUCCUCAAAGAAGAAGUCAACGUCAUUUACCUAAUGCAUCGAAAAUUGCAUCAAAAUUGGCAUCUACAACAUCAUCAAUCAGAGAUGGUCGAAAAAGCAAAUCACAAAUGAAUCGGUCAAAACAGGAAGAGAAUAUUCAAGUACAAGAAAUACAAACAUUAAACACAUCUCAAUCUUGCUUUCAAUAUGGUCAAAAACCAAAUGGUCAAAUAGUUAUGUCCUUUGCAGAACGCAUUGAAGCAGAAACAUGCUUAUUAGAUUUAUGCAGGUCUAUUGCAGACGGAUGUCAUGCUCUUGCUAAAUAUGAUGGCGCAAAAGCAAUUGAAUAUUUUAAAUCAUUGCAACCUAUUUCUCAGCGUAAUUCUGUUUUUGUUCUUAGUAAAAUUGGAAGAGCAUAUUUCGAAAUGGUUAAUUAUGAUGAAGCUGAAAAAUACUUUUAUCGUCUUCGAAAAGCUGAUCCUACAAGAGUAGAAGACAUGGAGAUUUAUUCUACAGUCCUUUGGCAUCUCAGGAAAGAAGUUGAGUUAAGUUUUUUAGCCCAUGAAAUACUUGAUUUAGAUCGUCUUGCACCUCAAUCAUGGUGUAUUAUUGCAAACUGUUUCAGUUUACAAAGAGAACAUGAUCAGGCAUUAAAAUGCAUUCGUAGAGCAAUACAGUUAAAUCCAAAUUUUGCUUAUGCGUAUACACUAGAAGGGCAUGAAUAUGUUGCAAACGAAGAAUAUGAAAGAGCUCAAACUUCUUUUCGUAAUGCAAUGAGAGUUGACAUGAGACAUUAUAACGCUUGGUAUGGAAUUGGAAUGGUAUUUCUUAGAGUUGGUAAAAAUGACCUUGCAAUGUACCAUUUUAGAAAGGCAGCAGAGAUAAACCCUACAAAUGCUGUUCUAUUAUGUUGUAUUGGCAUGAUUGUAGAACGUAACAAAGACUUCCACGAAGCAUUACAGUUGUAUAAAAAAGCCUCUGAACUUGCGCCAACGAGUGCUCUUGCUAGAUUUAAAAAAGCUAAAAUUCUUGUUUGUCUUCGGCAAUACCAUUCAGCGUUGAAAGAAUUGCUUUUAUUAAAAGAUUUGGCUCCUGAUGAAGCGAAUGUUCAUUUUCUUUUAGGGAAAUUAUAUAAACAACUAGGAGAUAAACCAAGUGCUAUGAAACAUUUAACAAUUGCUCUAAAUCUUGACAACAGAGCUAGUCAUUUAAUUAAAGAGGCUAUCGAGUCUAUUGAUGAACCAGAAGAAAAUUUAUUAGGCGAAACAGGCGAAGUUUACAAAAAUUUAGAUAGAGAAGAAUAG